AUGCGCCUCCCAAGCCUCCUCAUUGUGGUGUUUCUGGCCUGCAGUGCCUGUGCAACGAUCCUGCAGAAUGGCCAGGUUCGAGACGUCCACUUCCCAAACACGACCAUCGUCCUUGACGACGACGACCGCAAUUCCACCUGGAGGACCUACCCGCCCAACGCCACCGAAAUCGGUUACAAGGGUCGCUGGGACAGCAAGCACAUCUCCUGGUGGUCAGCCCCUGGCCUCAAAUUCGCCUUCACCGGCGACCGCCUUGCCAUCAGCUUCGGACAGCACACCUCCCCGGGCGUCCUCAUCGGCUACCGUCUCGACGGCCAGGACUGGCAAUUCACCAACGUCACCGCCAACUCCACCAACCUGCUCGUCACGCCCGCCACCCCGGGCUUCAACCUCACCACCUCCCGCACCCGCACCUUCGAGCUCCGCGUCACCAACUGGUCCCUCGGCGUCCAAAUCGCCAACAUCCACGUCUCGCGCGCCGCCAACGGCACCCUCGUCGGCCUCCCGCUCGCCCCGCGCACGCUCGAGAUCAUCGGCGACUCCCUCUCCGCGGGGCAGUACGCGACGUACGAAGGGCUCGCGUCGUACGCGUGGGACCUCGCGGCGGGGCUCGGCGGCGCCGAGUUCUCCAUCACGGCCUACCCGGGCAUCUGCCUCGUCGACGCGCCGUGCUGGGGCAACGCGCGCGGGCAGCGGCGCCAGUGGCGCUACGCGUCCGACACGUCGGCGCGCGCCGCGCGCCUGUACGGCGCCGACCACGCCGCCGCCGAGCCGUGGGACUUUGCCGCCCGCCCCCCCGCCGACGUCGUCGUCGUCAACCUCGGCACCAACGACAACAACACGGCCAACGACGUCGGCGGGCCCGCCGCCUUCCUCGCCGCCUACGUCGCCCUCGUCGCCGACGUGCACGACGUCUGGCCCGACGCCCAGGUCGUGCUGGUCAGCCUGUGGAACGGCUUCGGGCCCGUGGGCUCGUCGUGGGCCCAGGGCGGCGCCUUCGUCGACGAGAUACAGGAGGUGGCGAGGAGGUAUGAGAGCGAGGGGUUCGUGCAUUAUUUCAACACGACGGGCAUCAUGCAGCAUAACGAUAUCGGUCCGCAGUGGCAUCCUACCGACGUCGGCGCUCUCAAGCUCGCGAGCCACCUCAUGCAAUUCAUCAAGAUCAAGUUCGACUGGGAUCUGUUGGCGACCGGUCCCGAAAUCCAGCACGAGACGCUGUACUGGAACGACCAGGCGAACUACUGA